AGACAGGUCCUCUCACAGCAGGGGUUGAAUUGAGUUUCACACUAGGCGACGGCCCUCUCAACUCUAUCUCAACUCUGCUGUUGGUACACACUCAGUUAACUGACUUAAUGCCACUCAAAAGCGGAUAAACAGGCUUACAGGUCAGGGUGCGUUAAUGAGAGGACCACGGUGUUCUCCGCUGAGGCUGACAAAGACCAGGUGGAGGUGAGGAGUCACAAAGGGGAAAGGUAGCCAAGUGGAGAUGUUCUCUGUAGCUGUGUAAUACUUAAGGCCAAGGCCCAUCUCAUCUGUGACUACCAGCCGCUCUGCCACACUGAGGCCUCACAAGCAGAGGUCCUCCUCCUAUGGCCAGGGUACCAUGGGUGGUGUCUGUACUGUUACUUCUGAUGCUCCGCCCUCCAAUGGCGUCCACAGCCCCUGCCCGGCACCUGUGUGGCUCUCACCUGGUGGACGCCCUCUACUUUGUGUGUGGAGAGCGGGGCUUUUUCUACAGUCGAAACAGACCCUACAAGCGGGAUCUAGAUCAUUUGCUUGGGUACCUGUCUAAAAGGGCCAGACAGGAACAGCGGCUGAUGAAGGCUCACAACGAGCCCAAGGUGAAAAGAGGCAUCGUGGAGCAGUGCUGCCAUAAGCCGUGCAGCGUUUACCACCUCGAGGGAUACUGCGACUGAACACGUCACUUCACAGCCAGGAUCACGCAUGUAAAAGUCGACUUCUAAACCAGCUGCGCUGGUUCUGUCUGAUCAACUGAAGGAAAUAAAGCCUCAUCACCCAUAACCCACGGCUCCUUUGUGCAAAGAUGUGAUGGUUUUCUUGUCUUUGUACCUGGUAUGAAGUGUGCAUGAACAUGGCCUUUUGGUGCGCUCCAAAUUGUGACCACAGUCCUAGAGUGCUCCCUACUGGCCAUGGACAGACAUAGCC